AUGGCAGCUACGUCAUCUAUGUCCUUUAUUCGGUAUCGAUACAAGUCUGAGAAAGAUUUCCGCUGUUUUCUGUGUGAUGGUAGAGAUUGUUCUGUGGCUCAUUUGAAAAAAGUCCUAAACGGAAAAUCAUCGAAACCAACAUUACGUCGUUCAAAAGAUGAGAUUGUUUUAACCAUCACUGAUGAAUCAACUAAUAAAGAGUAUCAAGACGAUCAUGAUCUAAUUCCAAGCAAUACAAGUGUUAUUGUGGAAAGACGGCUACGCGAAAUAUUUCAACCAUUGACUCCUGAAACAGUUCGAUAUCAGCCUAUUUUAUUUGACGAUGUCAUCGAUCAAAAUCUUCAACCUGGCCUCCAAUCAAGAACUUCGACCAAUAGAGUUUCGGGUAAAAAUACUCUAGAAAAACCUACUACUGAACUGGAAUGCAUCAAACAUAUUCAACAAUCAAUAUAUUACACUAGCAAACCAACAUCCUACAUUUGUCAUUAUUGCAAUCAGUAUGGGCAUAUGAAACGUCAUUGUCCCCUUCUGAUCGAAAACUCUACAGCUAAAAUUCGUCAAACAAUCAAUUCAACACAUAAAUCUAUGACUUUUAAUGUAAAUAACACUAAUAUAAAAAAAUCUUUAUCAAAUAAAUUUGAGACAAGUCUUGACACUCCUCAAGUUAUGCCUGCCCCUUUUCCUUCUGCUUUUUGUUCCUCAAACAUUUUCCCUCAACAUUCAUCACCUAAGAUCAUCAUUGAUCUACGAUCCGACAACGAAGAUGAUGCAGUACUGAUUCAGACUGCCCCUGGCAAAAUUUUAGCUACUCCAUCACAUAUGGCAUCUCGCUAUUCACCAUAUCAACUGCAAAAUGGUCAAUGUCAUCGACUUCGUAUGUCUCAUACCAGUCCGGGUAUUUCACGAAAUAACUUCACUGGAAUGCCACGAGACAAAUUGAACAACUAG